CCGAGCCGGGGGGAGCGGGCGAGCGGAGGCGCCGAGGAUCCGAUUCACUCGCUGGGGAGACCUAUGGGCCGAAGCCGUGUAAAUGCGUUUUAAGGCGAGUGCGGGGAGUGGCUCGGGGAGCCUCCGGGGGCAGGCGCCCUCGGCUCCAGUGCUGACCUGCCCCCGGCCCCCUUGCCUCCUCUCAGCAGGGGCCUCGGCUCCGCAACUGCCACUCCUCCUUGGGGUGUUGCACAAGUUUCGAGGUCACCGGCGACCCCCCCUAGCAGCGCGCCUGGCUCUGGCCCCCGCGAAGGAGGACGGGGCUUGUGUGUUGCAUACUUUCUAAGGCGGCCUGGCGGUGGCUUCAUCCAGCCCAUCGGCUCCUCCUCCUCGGCAUGGCUGGCUACUUGAGCAAAACAGACUUUGUGAUGGUGGAGGAGGGCUUCAGCACCCGAGAACUGUUGGAGGAGCUCACUCUGGGGGCCUCACAGGCCACCGCGGGUGACGUCGCUGCCUUCUUCGUGGCCGACCUGGGUGCUGUGGUGAGGAAGCACGUCUGCUUCCUGAAGCGCCUGCCUCGAGUCCGGCCCUUUUACACGGUCAAGUGCAACAGCAGCCCCGGUGUGCUGAAGGUCCUGGCCGAGCUGGGCCUGGGCUUCAGCUGUGCCAACAAGGCAGAGAUGGAGUUGGUCCAGCGUAUUGGUGUCCCUGCCAGUAAGAUCAUCUACGCCAACCCCUGUAAGCAAAUCGCACAGAUCAAGUACGCUGCCAAGCAUGGGGUCCAGCUGCUGAGCUUUGACAACGAGGCGGAGCUGGCCAAGGUGGUAAAGAGCCACCCCAGUGCCAAGAUGGUUCUGUGCAUUGCUACCGAUGAAUCUCACUCCCUGAGCCCCCUGAGCUUCAAGUUUGGAGCGUCGCUGAAAUCCUGCAGACACCUGCUGGAAAAUGCCAAGAGGAGCCACGUGGAGGUGGUGGGGGUGAGUUUUCACGUCGGCAGCGGCUGUCCUGACCUUCAUGCCUACACUCAGUCCAUUGCAGACGCCCGGCUUGUGUUUGAAAUCGGCGCUGAGCUGGGCCACGGGAUGCACAUCCUGGACCUUGGCGGUGGCUUCCCUGGAUUGGAGGGGGCCAAAGUGAGAUUCGAAGAGAUUGCUUCUGUGAUCAACUCAGCCUUGGACCUGUACUUCCCGGAGGGCUGUGGCGUGGACAUCCUUGCCAGGCUGGGGCGUUACUAUGUGACUUCGGCCUUCACCUUGGCAGUCAGCAUCAUUGCCAAGAAGGAGGUUCUUCUGGACCAGCCUGGAAGGGAGGAGGAAAAUGGUUCCACCCCCAAGACCAUCGUGUACCACCUCGGUGAGGGCGUGUAUGGAAUCUUCAACUCAGUCCUGUUUGACAACACGUGCCCUACCCCCAUCCUGCAGAAGAGAUCAUCCGCGGAGCAGCAGUCCCUGUACAGCAGCAGCCUGUGGGGCCCUAUGGCCGAUGGCCGUGACCGCGUGGCCGAGGGCCUGUGGCUGCCACAACUACACGUAGGGGACUGGCUGGUCUUUGAGAACAUGGGCGCCUACACCGUGGGCAUGGCUUCCCCCCUCGGGGGGACCCAGACCUGCCGAGUCACCUAUGCCAUGUCCCGGGUGGCCUGGGAAGCGCUUCGAGGGCAGCUGCUGCCUGCAGAACAGGACGAGGACACUGAGGGCAUGUGCAAGCCUCUGUCCUGUGGCUGGGAGAUCACAGACACCUUGUGCGUGGGCCCUGUCUUCACCCCGGCGAGCAUCAUGUGAGCAGACCCCGUUUCCCCCUGGAGAACUCCGGCGGGGCCGCAGAGAUGCCUCUGGGAGACGUGGGGAAGGCAGCAAGCAGGGGCACCCUUCGGCCAGGACUCCGGUGCUCACUCUGCUGCCCCCCACGCUCCACCUGUAGUGUUUCUGCCCUCUAAAUAGGACCAGUCUUACACUCGCUGUAGUUCAAGUAUGCAACAUAAAUCCUGUCCCUUCCAGCUGUGUCUGCCUCCUCUGCAGCGCAAGGGGCCUGGUCAGCCAGGUGUGGGGGUGUUCUUGGGGUCUCCCUGGGUCUCCUUCCUACCUUUGUAAAUAUGAAGCAAAUAAAUAUUUAGGUUUUUUUUUUAA